AUGUCUACUGAACGUGAAGAUAAGGUCUACAUGGCAAAGAUUGCCGAACAAGCUGAACGUUACGAUGAAAUGGUCAACUAUAUGAAGGAUGUUGUUCAUUUAAAAGUCGAUCUGAGUGUUGAAGAACGUAACCUUUUAUCUGUCGCGUACAAAAAUGUGAUUGGUGCUCGUCGUGCUUCAUGGAGAAUUGUGUCUUCUAUUGAGCAAAAGGAAGAAAAUAAAGGUCACGAAGCCCAAGUUGAAAAGAUCAAAGCAUACAGAAACAAGAUUGAACAAGAAUUAUACGAUGUCUGUAAUGACAUUUUAGCACUCUUGAAGGAUUAUUUAAUCCCUUCUGCCGAAGCAGGUGAAGCUAAAGUGUUCUAUUACAAGAUGCAAGGUGAUUAUCAUCGUUAUAUUGCUGAAUACGCCACCGGUGAUGCACGCAAAGCUUCUGCUGAUGCUGCCCACGAAGCCUACAAGAAAGCUUCCGAGAUUGCUGCUGAGUUGGCCACAACACAUCCUAUUCGUUUAGGUCUUGCUUUGAACUUUUCCGUAUUCUAUUAUGAAAUUCUCAACCAACCCAACAAAGCUUGUGAAUUGGCCAAGCAAGCCUUUGAUGAUGCGAUUGCUGAGCUCGAUACCUUGAGUGAAGAAUCCUACAAAGACUCUACGUUGAUCAUGCAACUAUUAAGAGACAACUUGACAUUAUGGACAUCAGAUAUCGCUGAAGAUACAGAAGAUAACAAUGCCAUGGACACCAAAGAACCUGCUGCUGCCCCCGCUGAAGAAGAAUAA